AGAGCGCUUGCUUCUCCGGGGGACCCUACUCUUAUUGGUGGGUGAGCAAUGGGUGACUGGAGUUUCCUGGGGAACAUCUUGGAGGAGGUGAAUGAGCACUCCACCGUCAUCGGCAGAGUCUGGCUGACUGUGCUGUUCAUCUUCCGCAUCCUGAUCCUGGGCACGGCCGCCGAGUUUGUGUGGGGGGAUGAGCAGUCCGACUUCGUGUGCAACACCCAGCAGCCCGGCUGCGAGAAUGUGUGCUACGACGAGGCCUUCCCCAUCUCCCACAUCCGCCUGUGGGUGCUGCAGAUCAUCUUCGUGUCCACGCCCUCGCUGGUGUACGUGGGCCACGCCAUGCACCACGUGCGCAUGGAGGAGAAGCGCAAGGAGCGAGAGGCCGAGGAGCUCUGCCAGCAGCCGGGGGCCAACGGCGGGGAGAGGGGGGCCCUGGCCCCAGACCAGGGCAGCAUCAAGAAGAGCAGCAGCAGCAGCAGAAGCACCAAGAAGUUCCGACUGGAGGGGACCCUGCUGAGAACCUACAUCUGCCACAUCAUCUUCAAGACUCUCUUCGAGGUGGGUUUCAUCGUGGGCCACUACUUCCUAUACGGUUAUCGCAUCCUGCCCCUGUAUCGCUGCAGCCGGUGGCCCUGCCCCAAUGUAGUGGACUGCUUCGUGUCCCGGCCCACGGAGAAAACCAUCUUCAUUCUCUUCAUGUUGUCAGUGGCCUCUGUGUCCCUCUUCCUCAAUAUAAUGGAGAUAAGUCACCUGGGCCUGAAGAGGAUCCGCUCGGCCUUCACCAGGCCCGUGGAGCAGCCUUUAGGGGAGAUUCCUGAGAAAUCCCUCCACUCCAUUGCUGUUUCCUCCAUCCAGAAGGCCAAGGGCUACCAGCUCCUGGAAGAGGAGAAAAUCGUGUCCCACUAUUUCCCUUUGACUGAGGUUGGGAUGGUGGAGACCAGCCCCCUCUCUGCCAAGCCUUUCAGUCAAUUUGAGGAGAAGAUAGGUACAGGGCCCCUGGGGGACUUGUCACAGGUUUACCAAGAGACACUGCCCUCCUACGCUCAGGUGGGCGCCCAGGAAGCCGAGGGGGAGGAGCCUCCUGUAGAGGAGGGUGCAGAGCCAGAGGUGGGAGAGAAGAGGCAGGAAGCAGAGAAGGUGACCCCAGAGGGGCCGGCGGCGGCGCCGCCGGAGGCAGGACCGGAGGGAGAGAAAGUAGAGACCCCCGAGGUGGCAAAGGAGGGCGACAAGGAAGAGCUGCAGACAGAGAAGGUAUCAAAGCAAGGGCUGCCUCCUGAGAAGGCGCCUUCUCUGUGUGCCGAGCUGGCCCCAGAUGACACGAGACCCCUGAGCAGGCUGAGCAAAGCCAGCAGCCGCGCCAGGUCAGAUGAUCUAACCGUAUGAA